GGUGUGUGCGGCUGCCGCCGGGGCUGUAGUAAGAAGCGGGGAGGGGUGCGGAUGUAAACACCGGACAAUGGCCCCUUUAUACACUGAUACAACAGCAAUCUAGCAAUGGAACAAAGAAAAAAUGACAGUUUUGUCCCAAGUAUCACACAGUUGGAACACUUUUUGACAGAACACGACUCCAAUGUUGUUUGGCUAUUAGUUGCUACAAUCUUGUCUUGUGGAUGGAUUAUCUAUCUAACUUAUUAUAAUUCCCGAAAUGUUGGACUUAUUUUAACAUUGGUUCUGAACAGAUUAUAUAAACAUGGCUACAUCCAUAUUGGUUCCUUUUCAUUCUCUGUCCUGUCCGGAAAAGUCAUGGUUCGUGAAAUCUAUUACAUUACAGAAGACAUGUCAAUCAGAAUUCAAGAUGGAUUUAUUAUAUUUCGCUGGUGGAAAAUGUACAAUCCAAAGCAGAAACAACAUGAUCCAAAAGCAGAAACUAGACUGUAUAUCAUGGUAAAUGACUUUGAAUUUCAUGUCUACAACCGCUCUGCCCUUUACGGACAACUUCAGGAAUUAUUUGGUCUGGAUCCAACAAUAAUUCCGCCAAGGAAGGAGGAUGAAAAAGCACAAGAAAAUGGAAGAGACACAACGCACUCCGAUCUUGAAAGUGUUAAAGUAAAAACAGAAUCUCAAGACCCUUCCUCUUCAUGGAGAUCUCUUAUUCCUGUAAUCAAAGUCAAUGUUAGCACGGGUCGCUUGGCAUUUGGGAAUCAUUAUCAGCCACAAACACUCUGCAUUAACUUUGAUGAUGCUUUCUUAACAUAUACCACGAAACCACCUUCAAGUCACCUUGACCAUUUUAUGCACAUUUUGAAGGGAAAACUGGAAAAUGUCAGAGUCAUGUUAGUUCCCAGUCCAAGAUAUGUUGGUCUUCAAACUGACGAGCCACCAAGGUUAAUGGGAGAAGGCUUUGUUGUAAUGCAGUCCAAUGAUGUUGACAUCUACUAUUACAUGGAUGAACCAGGUCUUGUACCAGAGGAGACAGAGGAAAAUAAUGAUGGAGAAACAAGCGAUGAAGACAGUAAACUGCAAGACCUGCCUCCAUGUUGGGGAUUAGACAUUGUAUGUGGGAAAGGAACAGAUUUCAACUAUGGACCGUGGGCUGACAGGCAAAGGGACUGUUUGUGGAAAUUUUUUUUCCCACCAGAUUACCAGGUUAUGAAAGUCUCAGAAAUUGCACAACCUGGCAAGCCAAGACAGAUCCUUGCUUUUGAGUUGCGGAUGAAUAUCAUUGCAGAUGCCACUAUUGACUUGCUCUUUACCAAAAACAGGGAAACCAAUGCUGUACAUGUAAACGUUGGAGCAGGCUCGUAUUUGGAAAUAAAUAUUCCCAUGACAGUCAGUGAAAAUGGCUACUCCCCUGCAAUUAAAGGACAGCUUUUACACGUUGAUGCCACCAGCAGUAUGCAGUACCGAACUCUUCUAGAAGCAGAAAUGUUAGCUUUUCAUAUUAAUGCCAACUAUCCCCGGAUAUGGAACAUGCCACAGACAUGGCAGUGUGAAGUUGAGGUUUAUAAAGCAACCUAUCACUUUAUCUUUGCUCAAAAAAACUUCUUUGCAGAUUUGAUUCAAGACUGGUCCAGUGAUAGUGCUCCUGAUAUUUUCUCAUUUGUUCCCUAUAUAUGGAAUUUUAAAGUAAUGUUUCAUCAAUUUGAAAUGAUUUGGGCAGCAAAUCAACACAAUUGGAUUGACUGUUCCACCAAACAGCAGGAAAAUGUUUAUCUGGCAGCCUGUGGGGAAACUUUAAACAUUAUUUUCUCUCUGCCUUUCACUGACUUUGUUCCAACCACAUGCAGUACUAGGUUCUCUUUAAGGGGAGAAGAUGUCGAUCUUCAUUUAUUUCUACCAGAUUGCCAUCCUAGUAAAUAUUCUCUCUUUAUGUUGGUGAAAGAUUGUCAUCCUAAUAAAAUAAGUCCUGAAUCCUGUAUUUCGGCUGAAUGUCAAAGUGGUCAAAAAACAGGCAAGCCCAAGUGGAGGAAUAUUACUCAAGAAGAGGCUGGAUGGGUUGAAUGCUGGACUGUACCAAGUGUUACAUUCACAAUUGACUACACUUGGCAUCCAAUUUAUCCACAGAAGGCAGAUGAACAGUUGAAGCAAUCAUUGUCAGAAAUGGAAGAAACUAUGUUAUCUGUACUAAGGCCAUCACAGAAGACAGCCGAUAGAAUCAUUUCCUCUCCCACAGACUCAACUCGCCUUCCUAUUGAUCCCUCAGAACUUCCACCUGAUAAGCUACAUGUGGAACUAGAAGUCUCUCCGGAUUCUCAGAUAACCCUGUAUGGACCUCUACUAAACGCCUUUCUGUUUAUAAAGGAAAAUUACUUUGGAGAAGAUGACAUGUACACAGAUUUUGAAGAAGUCAUUUCAAGCCCUGUCCUAUCAAUGUCAACAUCUUCAAGCUCUGGGUGGACAGCAGUUGGAUUGGAGAAUGACAAAAAGGGAACUGAGAGUUCAGCCAAACCAGUUCAUCCCCUAACCUUGCGCCCUUGGGACAUUACUGUACUCGUUAAUGUGUACAAAGUGCAUGGACGGCUACCAGUGCACGGCAGCACGGAUGGUCCUGAAUGCCCUACUGCUUUCUUGGAAAGAUUGUGUUUUGAGAUGAAAAAAGGAUUUAGGGAGACCAUGCUUCAACUUGUACUAUCCCCACUGAAUUUAUUCUUGAAUGACAGCUAUCAGCGACCCUCUGUGGAUGAACUACUUAGAGAGGGCCAUAUCAGCCUGUCAGGUCUGCAGCUACGAGCUCAUGCUAUGUUUUCAGCAGAAGGUCUGCCUGUGGGAAGUGAUACUUUAGAAUAUGCAUGGCUGAUCGAUGUGCAGGCUGGCUGCCUUACAGCUAAGGUUACAGCACCACAGCUUGCAUGUCUGCUGGAAUGGGGACAGAUGUUUGUGUUUCAUGUAAUGUGUCGAGAGUUUGAACUGGAAAGGCCAAAAUCUGUAAUAAUGUGUCAGCAUGGAAUUGAUCGUCGGUUUUGUGAAUCUAAGAUGAACUGUGUUCCUGGGCCAUGUCCAACAUCUGAUGAUUUAAAGUACACUAUGACACGACUUGCAAUAGAUGGAGCAGAUCUGUAUAUUGUAGAGCAUGGCUGUGCCACCAAUAUAAAGAUGGGUGCUGUACGUAUUGCAAACUGUAACCUCCACAACCAGUUUGUUGGAGAGGGUAUAAGUGCUGCUAUCCAAGACUUUCAGCUGAGACAGUAUGUUGAGCAGGUGAAUAACUGCAGAGUUGGUCUUCAACCUGCAAUACUGCGGAGGGCGUACUGGCUGGAAGCUGGGUCUGUCAAUUUGGGACUCAUCACUGCUGAUAUUGCUUUAGCUGGGGAUCAUCAUUCUAAACAUGAAGUGCAGAGACAUUUCUUAGAAACACAUGAUAGCAGAAUUAAGAGGUUGUGGUUUUUGUGGCCAGAUGAUAAUGUGAAGAACAAGAGAAGCAAGAACAAGUGUGGCUGUCUUGGUGGCUGCCGAUUCUUUGGUGGCACAGUAACAGGACUAGAUUUCUUCAAGCUUGAAGAGAUGACGCCUUCAAGCAGCUCUGCCUUUUCAAGUACAAGUGCAGAAUCUGAUAUGUUUUAUGGACAGUCUUUAUUGCAGCCAGGAGAAUGGAUUAUUACCAAGGAGAUUCCCAAAAUUAUAGAUAGUAAGACAAAUGGUGUAAAAAGAAAAGAUUGGGAUUGCAGAUCUGUGGGUAUAGAAAUAGAGAGAAAGGCCCAGCACCUGAGUCUGCAAGUACCAUUGCGAUCCCAUAGCUCCUCAUCAUCUUCAGAGGAAAACAGCAGUUCCAGUGCUGCACUUCCCUUGCUUGCAGGUGAGAAGGAAAGCCCUUCUUCUACUACUGAAGAUCACAUGGGACAAAAGGAGUUCGUGUCUGAUGCAAAAAGAGAGGAUGGUCAUGGAAGUACUCCAGCAGAAGUUUCAGGAACCAGUCCUGUGUCUCCUAACAACCAGGAAAGGUCUGUAGGACAGUCUCCCCUCAGGUCUCCUUUGAAACGGCAAGCAUCUGUGUGUUCUACCCGACUUGGGAGCACCAAGAGUCUUACUGCAGCAUUCUAUGGUGACAAGCAGCCCGUUCCAGUUGGUGUUCAGUUCAGUAGUGAUGUCUCUCGCAGUGAUGAGAAUGUCUUGGACUCUCCAAAGCAGAGGAGAAGCUUUGGUUCUUUUCCAUACACGCCAUCUGCAGAUUCAAAUUCAUUUCACCAGUAUCGCUCAAUGGACUCUAGCAUGUCGAUGGCUGAUAGUGAAGCCUAUUUUUCAGCAGCUGAAGAGUUUGAGCCAAUAAGCAGUGAUGAAGGUCCAGGAACCUAUCCAGGGAGGAAAAAGAGAAAAAAGCAAGCCCAGCAAAUUGAGUAUAGUAGAGGGUCAAUCUAUCACAGUGUAGAAGGACCUCUAACUAGUACAGUCCAUGGAGAAGCCAGUCAAGAUCCAAAGACUUUGCCAAUCAAAACUCAUGCUUCACAGGCUUCAUUUGUUUCAGCAGUGGGAGGAGAAGAUGAGCUUGUUGAGCACAUGUAUAUCAUGGAAGCUGAGAAGGCUGUAGAAAGUGAUCAAAUAACUUCCCAACAACCUAUAAUGACCUGCUACCAAAGUUACCUUACCCAGUUUCAGGUGGUCAACUGGUCAGUAAAGCAUCCAACAAACAAAAGAACCUCAAAAUCUUCCUUACAUCGGCCUUUAGACCUUGAUACCCCAACUAGUGAGGAAAGCUCCUCGUCUUUUGAGCAUUUUUCUGUUCCAACUUUUAAGAUUGUUAAACAGGGUCUCACAGCUAAUGCUUUGCUGGACAGAGGCAUGCAGCUUACAGGAUCAACAUCCAAUACACCCUAUACGCCUUUGGAAAAGAAAACAAUGGAUAAUACAGAUGAUGAAACAAUCACAGAGGAAUGGACCCUGGAUCAUCCGGUCUCCCAGACUAGAACAACAGCAAUAGUGGAAGUAAAAGGAACUGUAGAUGUUGUUCUUACUCCUCUGGUAGCAGAAGCUUUAGACAGGUAUAUAGAAGCAAUGGUACAUUGUGCUAGCACUCAACACCCAGCAGCAAUUGUGGAUGAUCUACAUUAUAAGGUCCUCAGAGAAGCUGUACAGAACAGCAAAACAACCUUUUCAGAGAAUUUAUCUUCCAAACAGGAUGUUAGAGGAACAAAAACAGAGAACCCAGCUACAGGAACAACAAACCAAGGCCAGGCACAGACUAAUCUUUCACUUAAGCAAGAUAAUGUGAAAAUUAAAGGUCUUCAGGCCAAUGUUACCAUACCCAAGGUAAACUUGUGUUUAUUGCAAGCAUCGGUUGAAGAAACCUCAGGCAUUGCUUCUGGCAAAACUGUGACUCAUGUUUCCUUAGUAGCUUUGUGUUUUGAUAGAAUUGCUACACAAGUUCGUAUGAACAGGGGUGUGAUUGAAGAGACUUCAAACAAUGCAGAUACUGGGAGGAAUUCAGUAACAUUUGAUCGGUACAUCCAUGCCAGUAAAAUGCAGCCUCAGUCUUCUGGCUCACUGAGAUCAAAUACUGGAGCAGAAAAAGGAAAAGAAAUUGCUGCCAAACUGAACAUUCAUCGUGUUCAUGGACAGCUUAGAGGCCUUGAUGCAACAGACAUUGGGACUUGUGCAAUAACAGCGAUUCCUUUUGAGAAGUCAAAAGUUCUUUUUACUUUGGAAGAGUUGGAUGAGUUUACUUUUGUAGAUGAAACUGAUCAGCAAGCUGUUCCAGAUGUAACUCGAAUAGGUCCCAGCCAAGAGAGGUGGGGCUGGAUAAUGUUUGAAUGUGGAAUUGAAAAUUUAACAAUAAAAGGUGGAAGACAAUCUGGAGCUGUUUUAUAUAGUACUUUUGGAGUCAUGGGUAAAUCUAAUGCCACGGAGAGGGGUGGAUUGCUUGCAUCCAACAAUUCUUCAGAUUCUCCAACUGGUAGUGGUUAUAAUACUGAUGUGUCUGAUGAUAAUCUUCCUUGUGAUAGAAGUCCCUCUUCGGACAUAAAUGGAAAUUCAGUGUCCGAUGAACAGGAUGAAGGAGUUGAAUCUGAUGAUCUGAAAAAAGAUCUUCCUCUAAUGCCUCCCCCACCUGACUCCUGCAGUAUGAAGCUGACAAUCAAAGAAAUUUGGUUUAGUUUUGCAGCUCCCACUAAUGUGCGCUCUCCUGCCCAUAAAUUUUCAAGGCAACUGAACCUACUGAGCACUGCAACUCCUGCUGUUGGUGCGUGGCUUGUUCCCAUUGAUCAACUGAAGUCUUCAUUAAACAGAUUAGAAACUGAAGGAACUCUAAGGAUUUGUGCUGUCAUGGGCUGCAUAAUGACAGAGGCAUUAGAGAAUAAAAGUAUGCACUUCCCUUUGAGAAGCAAAUACAACAGACUGACUAAAGUGGCUCGUUUCCUACAAGAAAAUCCUUCCUGUUUGCUGUGUAAUAUACUGCAUCACUACCUUCAUCAGGCAAAUUAUUCCAUCAUUGAGGAUGCUACCAUGAGUGAUGGUCUUCCUGCAUUAGUGACUUUAAAGAAAGGUCUAGUUGCACUUGCUAGGCAGUGGAUGAAAUUCAUUGUUGUGACACCAGCUUUCAAAGGAGUUAGCUUACACAGACCAGCUCAACCGUUGAAACCACAAACAACUGCACACCCUGAGCAUGAGGAUGGAGUUGGAUUAGACAAUGGAGGUGGCCUUCAGAGUGACACAAGUGCUGAUGGAGCAGAGUUUGAGUUUGAUGCAGCUACAGUCAGUGAACACACAAUGCUCCUAGAAGGAACAGCUAACCGUCCUCCACCUGCUGGAGUUUCUUCUGGGCCUGUAACUGGGGCUGAGAUCAUGAGGAAAUUAUCCAAGACCCAUACUCACAGUGAUUCUGCCCUGAAAAUAAAGGGUAUACAUCCUUACCAAUCCUUGAGCUAUACUAGUGGGGACACAGCCACGGAUUCACCAGUGCAUGUUGGCCGUUCUGGAAUGCCAGUCAAGGAAAGUCCUAGAAAGGAGAGCCUACUCAGCUAUCUUACUGGAAGUUUUCCUAGUUUGCAUAAUCUUCUUGAAGGGACUCCUCAAAGAAGUACUACAGCAGUUAAAAGUAGUUCUUUAACAAGAACAGGAAAUACUGUGGCCACCGACAUGUUAUCUGAACAUCCUUUGUUGUCUGAACCAUCAUCUGUGAGUUUCUACAACUGGAUGUCAAAUGCUGUUGGCAACAGAGGAGGUGUAGUGCAAGAGUCUCCCAACACCAAAUCUGGACACAAUAGCCUUCCAACAGGUAUUGUUAACUAUGAUUGGACUUCAAAGAUAUUGCAUAGUUAUCAGUUUUCCCUGAGUUAUGCAAUUCCUUGCAUUCUGGUGCUGGUGUUUGUUAGAACUGUAGUCAAAUGCAGUAUUGCCAAAUCACAGGCUCUUUAUAGUGCCCAAAGAGGAUUGAAAACAAAUAAUGCUGCAGUGUUGAAAGUGGGAGCUAUCAGCAUCAACAUUCCUCAACACCCUGCCACUCUACACAGCAUGAUGGUGCGCAGUUCUCACCAGCUUUCCAAACAGAUUUCAGACCUCAUCAGACAACCAUCAACAGCGCCACAGCCUGCAAAAGAAGAUGUUGCAACUCCAUUGCCCUCUGAAAAGACACCAACAAGUGUUAAUCAGACUCCAGUUGAAACCAAUGAAUUUCCACAACUGCCAGAAGGCUUAGAGAAGAAGCCCAUAGUUCUUAAAUUCAGUGCCAUGAUAGAUGGUAUAGCUAUUGGAGCAGCACUCUUGCCAUCUCUAAAAGCAGAAUAUAAGAUGGGAAGAAUGAGAAGUCAUGGAAUGACAGGUGCUCAAACAAGGUUUACAUUUGAACUUCCAAAUCACAGAUUGCGGUUUACAUCAAAAGUUUCUGCCACUGAUAUGUCUACCAUUCCUCCUUCAGCAAGUCUUAAUCUUCCUCCUGUCACUAUGUCAGGCAAAUAUGUCAUGGAGGAACAUGACACCUAUUCAGAUCAAAUAUGGAGUAUAGAUGAGCUACCAACUAAACAGGGCUAUUAUCUACAAGGGAACUAUUUACGUUGCGUGGCUGAGGUUGGUUCCUUUGAACAUAAUCUCACAACUGACCUUCUAAAUCAUUUAGUGUUUGUACAAAAAGUGUUCAUGAAGGAAGUCAACGAAGUCAUACAGAAGGUGUCAGGAGGGGAGCAGCCAAUUCCUCUUUGGAAUGAACAUGAUGGCACAACAGAUGGAGAGAAGCCUAAAAUUCUCCUGUACUCUUUGAGCCUACAAUUUAAGGGAAUUCAAGUGACAGCCACAACUCCAUCAAUGAGGGCCGUGAGAUUUGAAACUGGAUUGAUAGAACUUGAGCUCUCAAACCGAAUACAAACCAAAGCAAUGCCUGGAAGUACCAGUUACCUUAAACUGUUUGGUAAAUGCCAAGUGGAUCUGAAUCUGGCAUUGGGACAAAUUGUUAAACAUCAGGUAUAUGAAGAAGCAGGUUCUGACUUCCAUCAAGUUGCUUAUUUUAAGACAAGAAUUGGAUUAAGAAAUGCUCUCCGAGAAGAAAUCAGUGGUUCAUCAGAUAGAGAGGCUGUGCUUAUUACUUUGAACAGGCCAAUUGUCUUUGCUCAGCCUGUGGCGUUUGACAGAGCUGUGCUGUUUUGGCUGAAUUACAAGGCUGCUUAUGACAACUGGAAUGAACAGAGACUGGCUUUACAUAAGGAUAUUCACAUGGCUACAAAAGAAGUGGUAGACAUGUUACCUGGAAUCCAGCAAACAUCUGCCCAGGCUUUUGGGACACUUUUUCUUCAACUAACUGUUAAUGAUUUGGGAAUUUGUCUACCCAUCACAAAUGCACCACAGUCUAACCACACAGCAGAUCUUGACACUGGCUCUGCUUUAGUCCUGACCAUUGAAAGCACAUUAAUCACUGCCUGCUCUUCAGAGUCUCUGGUUAGCAAAGGACAUUUUAAAAAUUUCUGUAUCCGUUUUGCUGAUGGUUUUGAGACAAGUUGGGAUGACUGGAAACCAGAAAUACGAGGGGAUCUAGUCAUGAAUGCCUGUGUAGUACCAGAUGGCACCUAUGAAGUCUGUUCAAGGACAGCAGGACAGGCUGCUGCAGAAAGCAAUAGUGCUGGAACCUGGACUCUCAAUGUGUUAUGGAAGAUGUGCGGUAUUGAUGUCCACAUGGAUCCUAACAUUGGGAAAAGAUUAAAUGCUUUGGGCAAUACCCUCACAACACUGACAGGAGAAGAAGAUGUUGAUGACAUUGCUGACCUCAAUUCUGUAAACAUAGCUGACCUAUCGGAUGAGGACGAAGUUGAUACCAUGUCUCCCACUAUACAUGCAGAAACUGUUGAUUAUCGGCGACAGGGAGCAUCUGGUAGCCAAGUUGGAGAGCAGAGAGGAAGAAAAUUUGUGAAACGUUUAGUAGAUAUUAGGGAACUGAAUGAACAAGCCAAAGUAAUUGAUGACCUCAAAAAACUAGGUGCAAGUGAAGGAACCAUAAACCAAGAAAUUCAGCGCUAUCAACAAUUAGAGUCAGUAGCUGUGAAUGACAUUCGCCGAGACGUCCGUAAAAAACUACGUAGGUCCAGCAUGAGGGCUGCUUCUCUGAAGGACAAAUGGGGCCUAGGUUACAAACCCAGCUAUAACCGAUCUAAAACAAUUUCAGCAUCUGGAAGACCACCUCUAAAAAGAAUGGACAGGGCAAGCUCUCGACUAGGAGACAGUGAAGAGCUCCCAGAAAUCCGUGUAGAUGCAGCAUCUCCUGGACCCAGAGUAACCUUCAACAUACAGGACCCUUUUCCAGAGGAGACAGAACUGGACCUUUUGUCAGUAACUAUUGAUGGUCCAUCCCAUUACUCAUCCACUAGUGAAGGAUCAUGCUCAGUAUUCAGUUCACCCAAAACUCCAGUAGUCUUCUCACCAAGCAUUCCCUUCCAGCCCGAAGAGGGACGGCGGGAUGACAGUUUAUCUUCAACCAGUGAAGACUCUGAGAAGGAAGAAGACCAUGACAGAGAGAAGGCUUAUUUUUACAGAAAACCACAGAAUACCACUCGCAAGAAAGCAACAGGCUUUGCCGCAGUUCACCAACUGUUUACUGACCGCUGGCCAACAACUCCUGGCAACAGAAAUGUGACUGGCACAACCACAGAGAGAAAUAUUGACUUUGAACUUGAUAUCAGAGUUGAAAUUGAUUGUGGAAAAUGUGUGCUGCAUCCAACAACGCUUCAGCAAGAGCAUGAUGAAAUCAGCUUAAGAAGGAGUUAUGAUCGGAGUUCCAGAAGUUUAGAUCAAGAGUCUCCUUCAAAAAAGAAGAAAUUUCAAACUAACUAUGCAUCUACUACUCACUUACUUGCUGGCAAGAAAGUGCCGUCAUCUCUACAGACAAAGCCUAGUGACCUGGAAACUACAGUAUUUUACAUUCCUGGUGUAGAUGUAAAGUUACACUACAACUCUAAGACUUUGAAGACUGAAUCGCCAAAUGCCUCCCGGGGAUCCUCUUUGCCAAGAACCCUUUCCAAAGAGUCCAAGUUGUAUGGUAUGAAAGAUACUGCCACAUCUCCUUUAUCUAAUACUACCCACAGCAAGACUAAUACCUUACUUCUGCCCCAACCCCCACCCAUCCCAUCAGCCAAAGGGAAAGGAAGUGGUGGAAUAAAAACUGCAAAAUUGUAUGCAUGGGUUGCACUUCAGUCAUUGCCUGAGGAAAUGGUCAUUAGCCCCUGCCUAUUGGACUUCCUAGAGAAGGCUCUGGAAACUAUUCCUAUUACACCAAUAGAGAGGAAUUACGCAGCUGUCAGUUCUCAAGAUGAAGACAUGGGACAGUUUGAAAUACAAGACGCGUUGGAGGAGUCCACAGCCUCACUAGUGUCAUCGUCAACGUCAGCAUACUCAUCCUUCCCUGUGGAUGUGGUGGUUUAUGUACGAGUUCAGCCUUCACAGAUCAAGUUCAGCUGCUUACCUGUAUCAAGAGUGGAAUGUAUGCUGAAGCUACCCUCUCUAGACCUAGUGUUUUCUUCAAACCGAGGAGAACUGGAGACCUUAGGCACAACUUGCCCCACAGAAAACUUGGCAGUUGGUGGUAAUACUUCACAAACUGGAUCAAAGAACUCAGUUAAUAAAACUGGGAUACCAGGUUCAUCUGGACUAGGCAGCCCUCUUGGCAGAACCCGACAUAGCAGUAGCCAGUCAGAUUUGACUAGCUCUAGCAGCAACUCAUCAGGCCUGAGUUUCACAGCCUGCAUGUCUGAUUUCUCCCUUUAUGUAUUUCAUCCAUAUGGAGCAGGAAAACAAAAAUCUGCUGUUACUGGUCUAACUCCUGGAUCAGGAGCACUAGGUAAUGUAGAUGAGGAGCCCACUUCAGUCACUGGUCGGAAAGAUUCUCUGAGUAUUAACCUUGAGUUUGUGAAAGUAAGUCUGUCAAGAAUAAGACGUUCAGGAGGUGCUUCAUUUUUUGAGAGCCAGUCUGCAAGCAAAGCUGCAAGCAAGAUGGAUACUACGUUAAUAAAUAUAUCUGCUGUCUGUGAUAUAGGAUCUGCUUCUUUUAAAUAUGACAUGCGGCGACUCAGUGAGAUUCUGGCCUUCCCAAGAGCCUGGUAUAGAAGAAGUAUUGCCAGACGCCUUUUUCUAGGUGAUCAAACCAUAAAUCUACCAGCAUCAGGUCCUGGAACACCAGAUUCCAUUGACGGAGUAAGCCAGCAUCUUUCUCCUGAAUCGUCACGUAAAGCAUACUGUAGGACUUGGGAGCAGCCCUGCCAGUCUGCUUCAUUUACGCACAUGGCACAGUCACCCAAUGUUUUUAAUGAGCACAAUACAAACACCAGUAUGUCACCUGGGACAGCAAAUCAUAAUUUAAAAUCUCCAGCUGUUGCACGAUCCAGGAGUGUAUCCGAUUCUUCAGUUCCCCACAGAGAUACGCUCUCGAAAACAUCAACACCGUUUAAUAAAUCAAAUAAAGCUGGAAGUCAGCAGGGGACACCAUGGGAAACUCUGGUUGUGUUUGCUAUGAAUUUGAAACAAUUAAAUGUCCAAAUGAAUAUGAGCAAUGUAAUGGGCAAUACUACGUGGACUACCAGUGGUUUGAAAAGCCAAGGACGUUUAUCUGUGGGUAGUAACAGAGACCGUGAAAUUAGCAUGUCUGUUGGUCUGGGAAGAUCACAGUUGGAUUCCAGAGGAGGUGUGGUUGGAGGUACCAUAGAUGUUAAUACCUUGGAGAUGGUGGCUCAUAUUUCUGAACAUCCAAACCAGCAACCCAGUCACAAAAUUCAGAUUACUAUGGGUUCUACAGAAGCACGUGUUGACUAUAUGGGGUCCAGUAUCCUUAUGGGAAUCUUCAGUAAUGCAGAUCUUAAACUGCAGGAUGAAUGGAAAGUUAAUCUAUAUAAUACCUUGGAUUCAAGUAUUUCUGAUAAAAGUGAGAUAUUUGUCCAUGGAGACUUGAAGUGGGAUAUCUUUCAAGUGAUGAUUUCAAGAUCAACCACCCCAGACCUGAUAAAAAUAGGAAUGAAGCUUCAGGAGUUCUUUACUCAGCAGUUUGAUACCAGCAAACGGGCUUUGUCUACCUGGGGACCUGUUCCUUAUCUUCCUCCUAAGACAGUGGCUAAUAUAGAGAAAAGCUCACACGAGCAAUUGCUGGAUGCAGCCCAUCAUCGCCACUGGCCAGGGGUUUUGAAAGUAGUAUCUGGGGGCCACAUAUCCUUAUUUCAGGUUCCUUUACCAGAAGACGGAAUGCAGUUUGGAGGAUCCAUGAGCUUGCAUGGAAAUCACAUGACACUGGCAUGCUUCCAUGGACCUAAUUUCCGUUCAAAAUCUUGGGCACUGUUUCACCUUGAAGAACCCAACAUUGCAUUUUGGACAGAAGCACAAAAAAUUUGGGAAGAUGGUUCUAGUGAGCAUUCUACUUACGUUGUACAAACACUGGACUUUCAUUUGGGUCAUAAUACAAUGGUCACCAAACCCUGUGGAGCCCUAGAAAGUCCUAUGGCAACAAUCACCAAGAUAACAAGGCGCCGCCAUGAAAACCCACCACAUGGGGUUGCAAGUGUGAAAGAAUGGUUCAAUUAUGUUACUGCUACAAGGAAUGAAGAACUAAACCUGCUUCGAAACGUUGAUGCUAACAACACAGAAAGCAGCACAACAGUGAAAAACUCAAGCUUGUUAAGUGGAUUCAGAGGAGGAUCCAGUUACAACCACGAGACUGAAACCAUCUUCGCAUUACCAAGGAUGCAAUUGGAUUUUAAAUCCAUUCAUGUUCAAGAGCCACAGGAACCUUCAUUACAAGACACCAGUGUUAAACCAACGGUGGAGUGCAGUGUAGUAACUGAAUUCACAGACCACAUUUGUGUGACGAUGGAUGCUGAAUUAAUCAUGUUUCUGCAUGACUUGGUGUCUGCUUAUCUUAAAGAAAAAGAAAAAGCCAUCUUUCCACCUCGUAUUUUGUCUACUCGACCAGGACAGAAAAGUCCAGUUAGUUUGCUUGAUGAGAGUUCCUCUGAGAGAGAUGCAGAAGAAAGUAUUACUUACACUACUGUAGACUGGAGAGAAUUUAUGUGCAAUACUUGGCAUCUGGAACCCACACUUAGAUUAAUCUCUUGGACUGGAAGAAAGAUUGACCCAGUGGGUGUUGAUUACAUUCUUCAAAAAUUGGGCUUUCAUCAUGCCAGGACUACUAUUCCUAAGUGGCUUCAACGGGGGGUAAUGGACCCACUGGACAAAGUUCUGUCAGUCCUUAUCAAAAAACUUGGUACUGCUCUACAGGAUGAAAAAGAAAAGAAAGGAAAGGACAAGGAAGAACACUGAAAAUAUUUGUGACAAAACUAUAAUUUUGUUUCCAUUCUGUCUGAGACUGAUAUUUUAUUGUAUAAUAAGAAUUUAUUUUAAGUAUGAUUUAAAGAGAAACCUAACAGCUUUUUUGCUACUAUAUUUAAAACUUACAUUGUAAGUGACUGUUUACAGUGGUAUACAAUACCAUUCUGUAUGUGGUAAAGUAUUGCAUGAUUAAUGACCAAUGUAUAUUCUGUGAAAGAAUAGGUGAAAUACUGUAAAUCUGCUGUUUAGCAUUAACAGUUUUAUUAUGUGCAAUAUGAUUCCUGCAUCUUUAAAAUAUGUGCAGAUUAACUGUGAAUUUUCAUAACUUUUAUUGGCCAUAACACACAAACCCUUGUUAAUGUGAUUCUGUUAAUGGCUUUUUUUGUCAAUGUAGACUUGUGUAAAUUCCUGUAUGUAUAUAAUUUAUGGAACUGAUUGUCAUAGUGCUAAAAAUCAUUUUAAGUUUGUUACACUUGUAAUAAAAAACAGUAACUGUG